UCUUAGGCGGCCAUCUUGAAUGACAGCUAAGGCCUUGUAUAUCUAGGUGUUGGUUCACGCCACAGCGGUGAGACCAUUCCUACCCUUAUGGACAUCUAUGGCCAAUCCAGCAAGACAUUACAAGCAAUUCACAAUUCAGCCAAACCACAUUCAUUAGCUUUGCAUAAUCAACUUCAGUCUUUCUUGUCUAAGAAAAAAUCUAAUGUAAAUGAAAAUUAGUAAUUCUAAACUGCAGUUCAAGCAUUCAUAACAAUUACGCGAGUUAACUACUCUGGUAUCAUUUGCAAACACAUCGGAUAUACAAUGAUGACAAUGAUAUUCACACAUUAUCACAGGGGAGGCAUGUAAAUAGUGCAGAAACAAGGGAGUAAGUCAACGAAUUCGCAGUCUUCAGAACUAUUAAAUAUUGAAUAAAAUUUGAAAACUGUCAUCAUUGCUAGUAUGGAAAAAAAUGUGAAUCGCAAACAGUUUUUCUCUUUACAAGACUGCAAACUACGACGAAUCCCCAAAACGUCAGUCACACACGGUCACAUUCAAGGCAAUGCAAGGUAUAACCAAGGUAUAAAUUAUCUUAAUGACAAUAAUUUGUUGUCAGAAUGCAAGUUUACGUAGCUCUAUCGAAGGGCAAUCCAUUGUACGCUCAGUUUGUUUCUGUUUAUAAAUGCUUUUUCUGCUGAUUUCAAUCACGUGGCAAACACAAUAUGAUGAAUUUGUAAAAAUCAUGGGUUUGGCAUUUAAAUUUUAGAACUGAUAUCAGACUGACACAUACCGUACGUUGCCGUGAUAUACAAGCAAAUUGCACAACUCUUAUAACGUUAUACACCACUACAUGUGAGCUCAACAGCUGUUAAUUAAUCACCGAAAGAUUAUUCAAACACCUCUACUACUGAUGAAGGCUAUGAGAUCAAGCUUCCAAAGUAGCCCAUCUUUUACCUGUCAGAAAGUUUACAUUUGAAGGAAAAGAGAAUUGUUGUAUAAUCUAAGGUGUUGCAAUCACAUAAGACUUUGAGGUUCCAAAAUAAAGUAUUGUCAACAUUGAUAUCAGUAGCCUAAAUGAAUGAUCAAGAGCAGUAUGAAUUACUCAGUGAUGUACAUGAAGUUUUACCACUAUUACCAGAAACUGAAAAACAUGUCUUGGUUAAAAGUUCCUACAAAUUUUACCAUUAUAAAUGUGAUGGACUUGACGAUGUGGGUUGGGGAUGUGGAUACAGAACCCUUCAAACCCUAUGUUCAUGGAUUAUUAAUGCAAAACAAAUAAAUUCUUCUCCUCCUGAUAUAAGAACAAUUCAGAAGACAUUAGUUGACAUAGGAGACAAACCUUCAAAGUUUUAUGGAUCCCGUGAAUGGAUUGGAGCAGUUGAAGUUUCUAUGGUUCUGAAUACGCUUUAUGAUAUAGAUUGCAAAAUUUUGCAUGUUCCUCACGGAAGUGAAUUGCUUAAUUUCACUGGGAAAUUAUACAAUCAUUUUCAAACUUAUGGUUGUCCCAUCAUGAUGGGAGGAGAUGAAGAUAAUAGUUCAAAAGGCAUUAUGGGAAUUGCCUGUUGUAGAAGUGAAGAACAUUUAUUAGUUGUGGAUCCACAUUUCGUUGGCAAAAUAAUAUCAUCUUCCAGUCUUCUGCCUUCCAGGUGGAUUAGGUGGGAACCAGUAUCCAAAUUCCAUUCUGGAUUUUAUAAUCUUGUUCUCCCAAUGUGUGAGAAAUUUGAAAAGAGAACUCCUUGUACAUGAUUUUGGUUUUCCCAAAUAAAAGUUGUAUUGCUUUACAAGAGAACAAAUCAUUUCUUUUAAAUUCAUGACCUUGUGAAUUACAGAACAAUAUAUUUUCUUGGAGCUCUACACAUCAGUUAUUCAAUUUAUUACAUACUAAUCUUCAACUUACUAAUCUUCAUCAAAUUUCAAUUUCAACAGCUGUAAACAACAUACCUACAGAGAAUUAGACAUAAUAUACAUAAUUAAUGCCUCUACUAAUUUUUGAAUGAUUCAGUUCC